GAUCCAAGAAAACAAAAUAAAAAUAGAAAAACUUUAAAAAGUACUCCAAACCAAAUUGAAGACACAAUAGACUUAGUAGUAGAUAGGCUAAAUGCAAAAUUAAAGCAAAAGCUUACUAAUUUGCUAAUAAAUAGCAAAUUAGAUCCAAGGCCAAAUAAAUCAAAAAAGAUAAAAGAUUUAUAA